GGGAUUUGGCGGCGCCUUUGUCUCUCGCUGCAGCUGGAGCUCCAGGUCUCGCUUUCACUGCUCUGUGUCCUCUGCUCCUAGAGAUCCAGCCUCUGUGGGCCUGUGACCUGCAGAAAUUGAGAGAUCCACAGCUAAGACUCCAGGACUCCCUGGAAGCCUAGAAAUGGGACUGUUGACAUUUAGGGAUGUGGCCAUAGAAUUCUCUCUGGAAGAAUGGCAAUGCCUGGACACUGCACAGCGGAAUUUAUAUAAAAAUGUGAUUUUAGAGAACUACAGAAACCUGGUCUUCCUGGGUAUUGCUGUCUCUAAGCAAGACCUGAUCACCUGUCUGGAGCAAGAAAAAGAGCCUUUGACUGUGAAGAGACAUGAGAUGGUGAAUGAACCCCCAGUAAUGUGUUCUCAUUUUGCCCAAGAGUUUUGGCCAGAGCAGAACAUAAAAGAUUCUUUUGAAAAAGUGACACUGAGAAGAUAUGAAAAAUGUGGAAAUGAUAAUUUUCAGUUAAAAGGCUGUAAAAGUGUGGAUGAAUGUAAGGUGCACAAGGGAGGUUAUAAUGGACUUAACCAAUGUUUACCAACUAUGCAGAGCAAAAUGUUUCAAUGUGAUAAAUAUGUGAAAGUCUUUAAUAAAUUUUCACAUUCAGAUAGACAUAAGAUAAAACAUAUGGAAAAUAAACCUUUCAAAUGUAAAGAAUGUGGCAGAUCAUUUUGCAUGCUUUCACACCUAACUCAACAUGAAAGAAAUUAUACCAAGGUGAAUUUCUGCAAAUGUGAAGAAUGUGAAAAAGCUUUUAACCUAUCUUCAAAGCUUACUAAACAUAAAAGAAUUUAUACUUGUGAGAAACUCUACAAAUGUCAAGAAUGUGACAGAACUUUUAACCAAUUCUCAAACCUUACUGAAUAUAAAAAAGAUUAUACUCGAGAGAAACCAUACAAAUGUGAAGAAUGUGGCAAAGCCUUUAACCAGUCCUCACACCUUACUACACAUAAGAUAAUUCAUACAGGAGAGAAACCCUACAAAUGUGAAGAAUGUGGCAAAGCCUUUAACCAGUUCUCAAAUCUUACUACACAUAAAAAAAUUCAUACUGGAGAGCAACCCUACAUAUGUGAAGAAUGUGGCAAGGCUUUUACCCAAUCCUCAACCCUUACUACACAUAAGAGAAUUCAUACUGGAGAAAAACCCUACAAAUGUGAAGAAUGUGGAAAAGCUUUUAACCGAUCCUCAAAACUUACUGAACAUAAAAACAUUCAUACUGGAGAGCAACCCUACAAAUGUGAGGAAUGUGGCAAAGCUUUUAACCGAUCCUCAAAUCUUACGGAACAUAGGAAAAUUCAUACCGAAGAGAAACCCUACAAAUGUAAAGAAUGUGGCAAAGCUUUUAAACACUCCUCAGCCCUUACUACACAUAAGAGAAUUCACACUGGAGAGAAACCCUACAAAUGUGAAGAAUGUGGCAAAGCUUUUAACCGAUCCUCAAAACUUACUGAACAUAAGAAACUUCAUACUGGAAAGAAACCCUACAAAUGUGAAGAAUGUGGCAAAGCUUUUAUCCAAUCCUCAAAACUUACUGAACAUAAGAAAAUUCAUUCUGGAGAGAUACCCUACAAGUGUGAAGAAUGUGGCAAAGCUUUUAAACACUCCUCAUCCCUUACUACACAUAAAAGAAUUCAUACUGGGGAGAAACCCUACAAAUGUGAAGAAUGUGGCAAAGCUUUUAGCCGAUCCUCAAAACUUACUGAACAUAAGAUAAUUCAUACUGGAGAGAAACCCUAUAAAUGUGACAGAUGUGACAAAGCUUUUAACCAAUCUGCAAACCUUACUAAACAUAAAAAAAUACAUACUGGAGAGAACUACAAAACUGGAAUGUGUGAUAAUGAUUUUGACAACACCUCAAACUUUUCUAAAUAUAAAGGAAAUAAUACUGGUGAAAAAUUCUAGAAAUGUAAAGAAUGUGUCAAAGACUUUAAAUGGUUUUCACACUUCAUUGUAUGUAAGAUAAUUCAUACUGGAGAAAACUACAAGUGUGAACAAUUUGGCAAUAAUGUUAAGGCUCAAACCUUAUUGCACAGGAAAGCAUUUAUACUUAAGAAAAAUUGUACAAAUAUAAAGAGUGUAAAAUAGCCAUUAAUAUCUGUUGACAUCUUAAUAUCAGAAUGUUGGUACUUAAUAAAAGCAUUAUAAAUGCAA